GGGCGCGCCAGAUACCGCCCCACUCGCCGCCCCACCACUCAUUAACGCCACGUUUUAAUUGUCGACGCCGUCAUGGGACGACGAACACGUGACGCUUGGACUAGGCGGAAGACGCAGACGCCCUCAAAUUGAGAGAAAAAAAUCACACUCAAAAAUUAUACCGAAAGUUCCUCAAAGUUCCUAAAAAGUUUUUCAACAAAAAUAUUUUUGUAAAAAUGACGGCGGUUAGACAGGUCGAGGACCAUCCGAUGGACAGUUCGGAUUCGAGUGAUUCGUGUGCCACCGUUUCGAAUAAUAACGAAAGCGUCAUCAGUACCGGGACGGGCUUGUACAAGUCCGGCUUGAAAUACAACGAUUUUGUUAACAAGUUGGACAGUUAUAAUAACAAUCAGUUAUUGUUGCCGACGCAGUUUUAUAAGACGCUCUUGGCCAAAGCAGUCUUAUCGUCCAGUAAUGAUGAUAAGACGAGUGUUUACAAGAACAUGUUGCAAUUUCAUAAGGACAGGGAGUUUGAACAGAAAGCAUUCGGCUGGGACGGCGCCCAAUCGGGCGGCAGCCCCUCGGGGCCGCAAUCGGGGGGCGUGGGUGGCCAGGGGGCACAAGGACUUGUCCACUGGAUGAGUGUAAUGGCCGAGCAUAUGGAUCCGGCGAUGUCACAUUAUAUGUCCUGGAAUCAAGAGUGCGGCCAACAUGCCAAAGACGAUUACCCCAACUGGACGAGGAACACGAUGGGGAUCAACAAGCAAGGGUACGAGGCCAAGAUGAACGAACAUAAUCAGAUGCACCAGAAAACUCUCGGCUACGCCUCGAACUGCUAUUUCCAACCACCAACAACAAAGAAAAACCUGGACGACCACCACAUGGGCGGCACGCCGGGCCUCUACACCUCCGGUCGUUCGACGUCGUCCAGCUCGAGUCCGGGGGUGGCCGGUUCAAGUCCGGCCCUGCUCGUGGUGCCCCAGCCCAUCAACGCGACGAAAAUGGGCGGAAUGCAAAACGGCGGCCCGCAACCACGGAAGUACCAAUGUAAAAUGUGCCCGCAGGUUUUCGGGUCAAAGGCCGAAUUGCAAUUGCACACUCAAGCUCACAUGCGCGAAGCCAAACCGUACAAGUGUUCCCAGUGUUGUAAGGCGUUCGCCAACAGUUCCUAUUUAUCGCAGCACACUAGGAUUCACUUAGGUAUUAAACCCUACCGAUGCGAAAUCUGCCAAAGGAAGUUCACACAACUCAGCCAUUUGCAACAACACAUUCGUACGCAUACGGGCGAUAAACCCUACAAAUGUCGACAUCCAGGUUGUCAGAAGGCGUUCUCGCAGCUGAGCAACUUACAGUCGCAUUCGAGGUGUCAUCAAACGGACAAACCGUACAAAUGCAAUUCGUGCUACAAGUGCUUCAGCGACGAGCCGUCCUUACUCGAACACAUUCCCAAACAUAAGGAGAGCAAGCAUUUAAAAACGCACAUAUGUCAGUAUUGUGGCAAGAGCUAUACGCAAGAGACUUAUCUCAGCAAACACAUGCAAAAACACGCAGAAAGAACGGACAAAAGACCCCCCAUAGGGCCCGCACUAGAUCAACUGUUUCCAGGUUUGAACCACCGAGGCUUGGAGCACCCCUACUGGCCGAAAGUGAGCCCCGACAGCGCCGAGAACAUGCACGAGUACCCGUCUGACAUCCCUCGCCAGAUCCUGGAGCAGAACGAAGACCUCGUGAUAAUCCGGCAACAAUUGCAGAACCCGCCUGCGCCCCCUGGUACCCCCAACGCCAAUUUAUCGAACAGCUACGACGCAUCGAUAUCGAAAUCCACCACCAACUCGGCCUUCACCCCCAUCAACUCAAUGUCGGGUCAUUUGAACCUCAACCACCACCAGUUGGCCCCCAAUAGGCCCUACAUCUACGACGCCAUCAGCUUCCAGAAGCAGAACAGCCUCGACCUGCCCAAGAGCCAGCCCUCCAACGGCUUCCCCAACCAGUUGAUCUCCCUCCACCAGAUCCGUAAUUACGCGCAUCAGCCCAACGCCGGCCUCAUGGAGCACUCCAUCCUGGGGGGGCUCAAGGACAAGUAGGGGGCGGGACCCCCGGGAUAUGACUGUGAUCGGAGGCAAUAGUUGGCUGAAUUAAUAAAAAAAGACAAUUUGUGAAUACUUUGUACAGAAGACAUAGGUUUAUUUCACUGGGCCGGGGGGCUCCGCCCCCGGCAUAGCUCAAUAUAUUUGUAAUAAUAUAAUUUAUUUUUAAUUUUUUUCCAGUUUUUCUUAUAAGGGCGAAAACAGCAACGCAAUCGUUUAAGUUUAUGAGAUUUUUGUUUAGGGACGGUUACAUUGUUGUUUGUAAAGAAAUGCAAUUACGUUAUGUUAACGUUACGUUACGACCUCUGUUAAGUUUCAAGUGAAGAAAGCUUUAACUUACGAAAUUAUCCCCUAAUUAGGCUUUUUUUCUUUUGUAAGUAGCUUGUGAUCAGAAAUAAUGUUGUAUUUAUAUUUAAAAAAUUAUCGGUUUUUGUUAUAUACUUUAUUAAUAAAAAUUACAAUUAGUUA